AAAGGGACCAGUCCGUGGUGAACCUGAACCAGAUGUGGAUGCCAAAUUGCUGGGUCAGACAUCAGCAGCUCUUAAAUUUUCCUCUGCUUUUCCUUUUGGAAUGAAAUGGGAAAUUACAUCAAAGUUGAGAUUGCUCAGGAUGGAGAAAGUGAAACAGAAGGUGCUUGCAGGAUGGAGCCACAGGCCAGCUACAGCCACGUGCCUGUAAAAGGCAAGAAGCCAGGGGGAAGAUCCGAGCCACGAAAGCCGCAAGACGGAACAGAAAAGGAAUGUCAUGAGCAGGCCGUUCAUCGGAAGGGAUACCACAGGACUCCCCUUCCACAUUCCUUUCCUAGGGAGGGCAGUCACGGGGUCCCGAAAAUCCUCUCGGGCAAACCACCCUCCCUAAAGAGACCCCGCACCAGUCCGGAGCACAGCGUGGUGUGGAACCACUUCGAGUUGGAUUCCGAGGACCCCUGCUACGGCGUCUGCACCCACUGCAAGAGACGGAUCAGCCGAGGCAAGAAUUCGAAACGUUUUUCGACGUCGGGGCUGCUGAAACAUCUGCAGCGGCAUCACGCCAACUUUGUCCCGGCUGUCGAUACCGCGCCACAAACUGCGUUGCCGGCCAGCAGAAAGGCGAAGGGAUCUGUCCUGCCGCAGGGCUGGACGAAGCAGAAGUCGCCCGGGAAAAGGCAGGCGGGUCCAAAGCCAUCGGAAGCGCCCUGUGCUGUGGAUCAGACGGUGGCUCUGGAUGACCAGCCCUUCCGCCUGGUGGAAGAGGCAGGUUUCCAGCACCUCCUGAAGUUGCUCGCCCCCAACUAUAAAAUCCCAUCCUGUACCGCCUUCAGCAGACAGAUUGUGCCCUCCCUGCAUCAGGCCUGCAGGGGGGAGGCCUUGGGGAUGCUUCAAACCCCAGGACCCGCUGCCAGCGUGAACAUGAACUCCGAUGAAUGAAUAAGAGCCUGUUUUCUUCCUUCCUUUGAUCUUCCGUUGCUCCUGUGAGCAACUGUAGGGGGCCAUUGCUGGUCGGUGGUAGAGUAAAUGAUUUCGAUUCACUGAUUAAAUCCAUCACACCCCCAAAAUUGAAAUAAUAAUAGGCAAACGUGUCAGCCAAAUGUAGAAAAGCGAGGGAAAAUGUGAAAUAAACUAUGCCUUGUAUA